CAAAAGAACUGUACAAUAUAUUUUCAAGGAUCUACUAGACAAGAAAUUUCCAUCACGCAGGCCGAAUUUUUUGGAUGGAAUGCAACUCGAUGGAUAUAACGAAGAACUACAACUAGCAUUUGAAUUCCAUGGUCGGCAACACUAUAGUCUAAAUUUAAUGUUUCAUAGAAGAGGCCAGAUAGAUUUGGAUGAACAGAGAAUGCGUAAUCAGAAGAAGCAGGAUAUAUACAAGAAGCAAGGUAUAUGUCUUAUCGAAGUUCCUUAUACAGCUGAUCUCCUGUCCUAUAUCAGACAUACUUUAAUCGAAAAAGGGUUCUUGAAAGAGGCGAAGAAUUAA